AUGGAGAACAUUGACUGUCAAAGUUUAGGUCUGUUGUGUGACAUCAAAGCUAUCUCACAGAGUGGUGUUGCUCUCUGUCCCUGGGCUGUCAAUAGAAAUCCACAACAGUAUGCUGAAGAGAUUGCAAGAAAGGUCGGAUGUCCUACUGAUAGCGGGAUGGUGGCUUGUCUGAGGAGCACAGAUCCGAAGACUGUGACUCUUGCUGGAACUGUGAGCUUCAUUAUAUCUUCUGGCUCUGCCCUGGCCAUCGAUGGUGACUUCAUCCCAGACGAGCCUGAAACCCUUUAUGGGAAUGCUGCUGACAUUGAUUACAUCGCUGGAGUCAAUGACAUGGACGGCCACAUCUUUGCCACCCUUGACAUCCCCUCGAUCAACAACGCACUGGAGUCCACCCCUGUUGACCCUAAUAAGGGUGAGUCCAUUGUUCCUGUAACCUGGCCUGAGUUUGCCAGCAAUCACCAUCAGUACGUGGAAAUCAACAACAACAUGAACAAAAACAGCGUGAAGCAGAUGUUGAGAACGCAUUUGGUUUACUACUGGACUACCGUCUUUGCCAGCUUCCCUGGUGUCCAGAAGAACUGA